UCCGCUGACAAGGAUACAGGACUUGCGCGGUGACACUGAGAGGGACAGAAAGGUCAGAAAUGGAGAGAGGGAGCGAGAGAAAGACAGAGUGAGGGAGACAUAAAGAGAGGGAGCGAGAAAAAGACAGAGCGGGGGAGACAGAAAGAGAAGGAGCGAGAGAAAGAGAGCGGGAGACAGAGGGAGCACACUGAAUGGCGCAUCUAAGAGGAUAACUGCCUGUUUAUUCACUGUGUCUCUGACUCCUGCUCUCCCUCCUGUUCUCUCUUACACAUGCGCCUGCGCACACACUCUGACAUACACUUUCAGACUCACACACACAUACAUGCUGACAGUCACCUGCAAAGCCACUGUGCUCAGGCUGGGAAAUGAGUAGGCUUAUAGUUGAGGAGAUGACUCUGAGGAGAAGAGAGUGAAACAGAGGGCACAGCAGGGAGGGAGAGAGAGAGAUAGAGGGAGAGAGAGAAGAGGAGGAGAGGGACAGAUGGAGUCCUUACUGAUGAUGCCUGGGAACGGAGGAACUGAGAACACCGAGCAGCAGUGAAAGAGAGAUGUGAAAGAAAUAAAGGGGGAAAAAUGGGGCGAUGUAAGAAUGGAACAAACAGAGCAUAGGAAAGAAGAGGAAGAAGCAUAUGAAAAAGAAGAGAGAUAGAGAUGGUGUGUGACUCCUCUGUUCAGUAUUCUGAAGGAUAUUCCCAGCAUCAUUUCACUUCUACCCAAACAGCCCACGACAGAGGGAGAGGAGGAAUGGUCCCAGGAGAGUAGGAAAAGGGACAACAGAUUAUCAGAGGACAGGUGUAAAGGAGCGAUAUAAGGAAUACAUGCAGUGGAGUUACUGGAACCUGGGCUAUCCUGUUAUCCAGCAAAAUGAGUGGAAGAUGAGUCACUGAGAAGAGGUAUCGGAAGAGAAAAAAAGAGAGAGAAAGAGAGAGAGAAAACGUGUAGAAAGCAAAAGAGGAAUAUAGAACAUCAUGGGGAGUCACACAACGUUAUCCCCCUCCUUAGCAAUCCAAUCUCCCUCCAGCCCCACGGGACAAUAGUGGGUUGGAAAGGCAAGCCUGCAGAUUCAUUGAUGGGAAGGAUGGACAAAGUGUAUUCAGGGGAGUCAUGCCUAUUUGUCAGUAGGUACCGUUCCCCCGUCAAGAUCUUCUGGGAUAUUAUUAAGACGAAGUUGGAGCUGACUGUACAGUAUCCAGGAGUCAUGCAACAGAACUGUGUGCCCCGUUCUCACACUCACUGCUCUUUUCUGGGUCUUCACACUUAUUUAAUGUGAAAUGUCCUCUUUUAGAAGAAGAUUUUGUAUGAGGGAGAUCUGAGCCAUGCUUUAAGUUGGCACUUGUUCCCAUGUUUAACAUGCUGAUAUCAAUUCUACAUUUAAUGUGGCUAUAUAGAACAGAUCUAUAAGGAAAUCAGGACUCUAUGUGGACUAUUACCAUAAAUAAAUGAAGUUUGGUGGACUAUGAGAAUCCGGUUCACCCUGAAGACUUAUUUUAUGAAGUCCAGGAUACAGUUCUCUCUAUCUGUAGUUUGAGCAAAGUACAGACCACCUGGCUUUGGUUACAUCUCUCAGGAAGUCAGAUAUCCAGAGCAACACACACACACCUGAGGAAGGACUAGUCCAUUGGAGUGCUGCAGACGGGGGAUGACAGGACAAACAGCACUGCAGUGUGACAGUUAUUUCCAAUCAUCUCCAUGAUCACUCAAACCAACAAGCUACAGCUGUCUCCCCAGAUCUGCUUGUUGAUGGCACUCCAGCUCAACAAAUCCGAUAAUACCGAUAAUCCAUUGUCAUAGAGAAUAAAUAAUAGUCAACAGACAAAUUGCAUUGAGCUAGAUAGAAUAUAAUUACUCUCUGAAAGAGGAUUUCAUCACAUCAAACGGCCUGCAGAGACUGUGGAUGUCGGGGGAAAGAACAAGACACCACAGGAGACAUGGUGAGCAAAGAGACUAAUCACUUGGUCACUGGCCAACACACCAACAGCAAGACCACCGACAAGCUGCCUGGCACCAUGACAGUGCGCUCAGUGCUGCUGAACCGCGACUCGCCGGAUAUCGAGAGCCGCUUAAAGCGCCGCCGCAACCGCACCCAGCAGGUCCGCUUCAAAGACCUGGAGGAUGGACUAGGCAGCGGGACCACUGGAGCCAAGAGCUACCAGAAGACUGCCGCUGAGUGUGACAGCCCACACCCCUUCCGGAAGAACAGCCCCACAAGCCCCAUGGCCCCCCAAGGAUGGCUUACGGAGGCCUCGGUGGUGGGGGCAGUCCGAGGGGACAUGGCAGACACCAUUGAGGUGGUGGCGGCAUUUUUGGCUCGGGCGCCCCCUCACCCGCUAACCCCAGGGCCCACGCGGCGCUGCUGGGCACCACCACCAUCACCCCCACUGCCGUGCUCACUCACGCUGCCACUCUCCCGGAGGCAGUGCACUAGCAUGGCCAUCCAGACCUCCCCCCGCUUCCAGAAGCCCAAGCCCUCCAUGCUCUCAAAUGUCCGCAGCGUGGGGGACUCGGUGGAGGUGGAUGGGGAUGACAAACAGGACAACGAACAUGAUGAGUACUACACUACCCACAACUACCUUUCAGAGCCUGCAUCCAGAGAUGGAAACGGCCCUGGGUUUAAGACUAAGCAGGGAUUGGUGAACCAAACCCAGUGCCUCAGGACUAGUGAGGCUAACGCUAGCUCCCUUGCUGUUGGGAAUCACAUGGACUCUUCCUGGCAUAACUCUUCUUGUUUUUCCCCUCCUAAAUGCCAGGGGAGUGCAACUCCGUCCCAAGUGAGGAGGAGAAGGCGCAUAAACAAUGCAAUCAGUGACCCAGGAAGGGAGGUGUCCUACUGUGCCACUCCAACACAGACGGAGAGUCCCUGUGUCUCCCCUCCUAACACCCCACCUCCAUUGACAGUGCAGCCCUCCACCUGCCCACCUCCCUCGACUGUGGGACCAUCCACCUCCUCACCUCCCUCGACUGUGGGACCCUCCACCUCCACCUCCCCACCUCCUUCGACUGUGCAGGCCUGCACCACCCAAACAAAAGCUGACAAUCCCUCCACCUGCCCACCUCCCUCGAGUGUGGGACCCUCCACCUCCCCACCUCCCUCGACUGUGGAACCCUCCACCUCCCCAUCUCCCUCAACUGUGCAGGCCUGCACUACCCAAACACAAACUGACAGACCCUCCACCUCCCCACCUCCCUCGACUGUGGGAUCCUCCACAUCCCCAUCUCCCUCUGCUGUGGGACCCUACACCUACCCACCUCCCUUGUCUGUACAGGCCUGCACCACCCAAACACAAACUGACUGUCCCUCCACCUUUCCACCUCCCUCGACUUUGAGACCCUCUAUCUCCUCACCUCCUACUGUGCCCUCCACCUCCCAAACUCAGACUGUGCUUCACUAUGCCUCCUUACCUAAAACUGUGCUAACCUCCACCCAUCCACGUUAUGAACUUCCCCCUCAGGUGGUUCUGCCUUGUGUCUCCCAGAAUGAGUCCACCUGUACAUCUCCCCCCAGAAAAUCUGUGCUUCCAUCUAAAGCUCAAACCACUCCACAUCACACUACACAAACUGAACCUGUUCCACCCUGUACCUCCCUGAUUCAAAUCAAACCAACAUGCACCACCACAACUACAACCAAAGCCUCAAUUCCAAAUUGGCCCACCCAAUCACCAACUUCAAUGAUAGAUCCGGACACAGCCCCAAGUUGCCUCGACCCAAAACAAACUCAUGUUCUAGCCCCUUACACUGCCCAAUUUUGCCCCACUCCAACGAUAGCCCCCUACUCAGCCCCAUCUUUCUCCACCACCUCGACUCCAACUCCAACGAUAGCCCCCUACUCAGCUCCAACAUUCUCCACCACCCCGACUCCAACUCCAACGAUAGCCCCCUACUCAGCUCCAACUUUCUCCACCGCCCCGACUCCAACUCCGACAAUAGCCCCCUACUCAGCUCCAACUUUCUCCACCUCCCCGAAUCCAACUCCGACGAUAGCCCCCUGCUCAGCUCCAACUUUCUCCACCACCCCGACGAUAGCCCCCUACUCAGCCCCAACUUGCCACACCAAUCCAACUAUAGCCCCCUGCACCAUCCUAACACAAACUGCCCCACCCUGCUCCUCCUUAAAUAAAGCAGUAAUCUACUGCACCUCUCCACCUCCAACUGUGACAUUGUGCCACCCAACAACCCAAACCGUCCCUCCCUACAUCUCCUUAAUUCAGACCAUACCACCUGGGAACCCCCCAUGUCAGACCAUACCCCCUGGGAACGCUCCAUGUCAGACCAUACCCCCUGGGAACCCCCCAUGUCAGACCAUACCCCCUGGGAACCCCCCAUGUCAGACCAUACCCCCUUGGAACCUCCCAUGUCAGACCAUACCCCCUGGGAACCCUCCAUGUCAAACUAUACCACCUGGGAACCCCCCAUGUCAGACCAUACCCCCUGGGAACCCACCAUGUCAGACCAUACUCCCUGGGAACCCUCCAUGUCAGACCAUACCACCUGGGAACCCCCCAUGUCAGACCAUACCACCCUGCUUCUCCCAACCUCCAGUAGUUCCUUCCUACUCCGCCCACAUUCAAAUCCAAACGAUAAAAUACUGCUCCUCUCCCUCUCCCAUCGUAAAAAGCUGCAACUCCCCACCUCCAAUGGUAAAAUCCUACCAUACACUUCCAACGGGUCCAUCUUGCGCCACUCCCACAAAAACUGUGCCCCUCUAUGCUUCCACAUUUCGGCCUGCGCCCCCCUACACCCCCCCACCUCAGGCCCAACACUGCAGCACUCAGGACAGGAGGGUGAUAGAGUGGGAGUGUAGAGGGGAGAGAAGGAUACUUCCACCGCCACCUCCGCCACCUCCCCCAUACACCCCACGCAAAGAGGGGGUGAGUUGCACCUCAGGCCCAGGCCACCGGUCGCCCCUACUCAGGCGAGCGAGUGAGAAGGAGAAGUCAGGGAGAUCAGGGUCACCUGUGCACUGUCCCCGAGCCUGUUCUCUGAAACACAGAGCUCAAACACCCCCGGAGGUCCCUCUGAAGGGGAACCAAGGGGACCAGGGUUCCUCGCCAACCAAGGCCAUCCCCAGACCCACCUGCCUGGGCCAGGCUCAGGCUCAGCUGGGGGCUCAGAUUGGUGUCCUCCAUAAGAUACUCUGCUCUGGGCCCAACACCCCCAACAGCCAGCACGCUUUCCCCCCCGGCCAGUACCCCUCCGGGGGCUGCUCUGGCUCUGGAGGGGGCUCCUCGGUCGAGCCACUGACCUCCAUCCAGGCAGACACACUGAGGCAGGUGCAGGAAAUCCUGGGGGGGCUGGUGUCAGGGGCCAGGAGUAAACUGGAUCCCACCUGGGUGGCAGAGAAACUGAUGGGCCCCAACGGGCCCCUGCACGACAUCCGUAGCCUGCAGACCCAGUUGCACAGCCUCGAAGGGGUCUUGGAGACCAGCCAGAAUACCAUCAAGGUACUGCUGGACGUUAUUCAGGACCUGGAGAAGAAGGAGGCUGAGAGAGAUGGGAGACACUCCUACCGGACAGGCCAAGACAUAGAGAACUGUGGUACGUGUAGAGACUGUGCCUGCAUCAUAUACAGUGUGGAGCAUGACUUCCGACUGCAGGAGGGGGCAGUGACCCGCACGUGGAGGGUAGAGGACCCUCCAGAGGUUUCCCUCCUGCCCACUGUGACACCUCAGCCCACCACGCCACACCGCCAGGAAACACCCCUGCCGGUGACACUGGCACGCCCCCCUCACAGCGGCAAGAAAAGUAGGAAGAAGUGCUUCUGGUUCUUGUGAACUUUAAACUUUGGAGGGAGGGUGGGAUAGGGAAGGACACAAUGAAUAAGGCCACUCCUUCUUAAGAUUGUGAAGGACGGAGAUGGAUACAGUACUUUACAUGCUUCCUCUAUAGACUGUGAGGGUCUGAAUGGUAGAGUGUGAAGUGUGCGGCCCUGAUGUGGAUAGAGAGAGAGAAAGAAAAUGGAAGCUCAAAACAAGUGUGAGAAGAAGCAGUAAACAUGAGAGUUUAAAAGAGAUAUAAAAGAGGUAUAAAAUAGAUAUAAAAUAUAAAUAAAAGAGGUAUAAAGAGAAAUCAAACAUAAAUAACAGAGGUAUAAAAGAAACAUAAAAGUAGUUAAAGGACCUGGAAGAACCGUGGUGUGUGGAUGAAUGGAAUCUGUGCUGUUCCUGGUGUUGGAACUGUAUAGAGUGAAGAGUGAAACGAACAUGCUUGUGUUGUAGUUGCACCUCAAUAAAUGCCUCUUCAGCGCCUGUGGUCAGUUUUAAGUGCAGGGAGGGAGGUACUGUAAAGGCAAUUGUUGAAGUGAAAGUGUAGAAGAUGAAAAUAAAGGGUAAGGACAAAAUGAAGGUCAAGAAAGUGAGGAGGUAUAAAAGGCUAGGGCAUGGUGGGAUUAAAAAAGAGCGGAAAAGAAUGAGUGUACAGAGAGAAGAGUGGAAGGAUCCAUCCGCAUCACUAAUGGACAGAUGAUGGUUAGAACACCAGCUUUUAUACCCUGAGACAUUUCAACAAAUCAAUUAUUAUGAUGACCCUUAUUCAAAACUUUUAAUAGAAUUGAUUAUACAAAAACCACACACAUACAUACAACAAGACAGGCUGAGAAAUGCACCAGGAGGAAAAGUGAGGGGGAAAAAACAUAUUCUACUGGUUGAAUUGCUAUAUUUCAGAUACGGAUUACUGCUCUAUAAAGUAUUUUACAACAACUUGUUUGGGAAUAUUGUCAUUAAUGCUGUCUUUGAUUUUUUACAAGAUUAAGUCUUGUGAUGAGUCACAAGUUGGUAUAGCUUGUUAGCAGUGCUUUUUGUCGUCG